ACAACGUGCAGGUUCAUCUGUUACCAAAGUAGAUGAGUGAGGGAGGGUCAUUGCCCUUCAAAUGCAACUUGUCACAUUUUUAUUUCAACUAGAUUUUCUUUUGCAUUUCAAACAACUUUUCGCUUGUUCUCAUCCACUCACACGUUUCCACGGGGACAAACCUUUCCCGUUUCGUAUCAAUCGUCCGUACAUCCCUGUUACUUGCGCCAAAUCAUUAAAAAAUAAUUAAGUAGAAUCGUCUUUUGUUUAAUUUUUCUAAUUAUAAGCCUCUCUAAUCGUAACUCCACGAGAUGACUCAAGUGGCAAGCUUUCUCAUCAGGGGAAGUAGCUUCUUCCUUCCUUUUACUUCAACCAUAUAAAAGAAUAAGCACCAAGCAAAAAAGGUAGCUAGCCGCUCUGUAAUGAACAUCAACUUGGUGGAUUUUCAGGCACAUCUCCAACUUUCAAUGGAUUGGGAUUGGUUGUUUGAGUUUCUAAAAGGCAUGAUCAAGCCAGUGGCUGCCCUUGCGGUGGUUCUCAUGGCGGUGCUCUUGUCUUUCAUGCAAAAGCUGGGUAUAGAAAAAGAGAUGAUUUAUUCUAUUUUAAGAGCUUUUCUUCAGCUUUCCGUUAUUGGGUUUAUUCUUCAGUUCAUUUUUAACCAGAAGAACAGUGGGUGGAUCGUUCUUGCUUAUCUUUUCAUGGUGUCUGUUGCUGGAUAUACAGCUUGCCAACGUGCUAAACAUGUGCCCCGCGGGAAGUAUGUUGCUGGAGUGUCUAUCCUGGCUGGAACAGCAGUGACCAUGUUUGUUCUUGUUGUACUAAAUGUAUUCCCUUUCACUCCCAGAUAUAUUAUCCCUGUUGCAGGAAUGAUGGUUGGGAAUGCAAUGACAGUAACUGGAGUGACAAUGAAAGGACUUCGAGAUGAUAUCAAGAUACAAAUGAACCUGGUGGAGACAGCUUUGGCUCUUGGGGCAACUCCUCGUCAAGCAACGUUAGAACAAGUGAAAAGGGCUCUAGUUAUUGCACUCUCUCCGGUGUUGGACAAUGCCAAAACAGUGGGUCUUAUCUCACUUCCAGGGGCGAUGACUGGCCUCAUAAUGGGAGGCGCUUCUCCCCUAGAGGCUAUUCAACUGCAGAUUGUUGUGAUGAACAUGCUAAUUGGUGCCUCUACCGUUAGCAGCAUCAUGUCAACAUACCUCUGUUGGCCUGCCUUCUUCACUAAUGCAUAUCAGUUGGAAACAAAGGUCUUCUCUUCAGAUUGAAAGCUUCCAUAGUUUCGCUUUGUGAGUUUGUGUGGUGAGAAAAUGUAAAUACA